AUGCAACGAGACGAGCUGCCAGGGGCGCCUGGAGGAGGCCCGCUCGGCCCUCGCUCCGCGCCCCCGCGGUCUCCUGUCCCCGACCUGGAGCGGAGCGCGGCGCGCCCCAGCCGCCCCGCCACGGCGGCCAGCCAGAGUUGCGACCGCGUUGGGCUCCAAAGCCAGGGGGCCCUCUUCCGUGAAACGCCUCCGGGGCGGAACGCGAGCGAGCCGUCCGGGGACGGCGCCGAGGAGGACGCAAGGGCGAGGGCCCGCGGCGAAGCGCGACCGCGUAAGGAGAUAGAGGGCCCUCUUCACUGCGUGCCCGAUGCUCCAGCGAUACCUCUCGCGCCUUCACAGACUGCUCGAGGGGAGCCGCUUGGCUCUUUCGCAGAGAAAGAGAACACAGGCGGACCGGCGCCGGGCCGAUUGCCAGGGCGAGACGAGGCCGGUGGGCCUCGAGAGUGCCUCAAAGCCCUCAAGUUCGACGGAGGUGGAGCGAAACUCUCAGGGGUAAAGAGCUCUGCGUCGGUCGCGACCGCGCGCUCGCCCUCGGCCGUCAAAGGGUCGGUUGCGAAUGUGUCUGGCUCCAGCCCCGCGACACCCAGGACGGUCUCGAAAGAGAACUCAAAGCUGUCCACGGGCUUCCAAGCCUCCCGUGAAGGACGCGAGCACCCGAGCACCUGUCCAGGGGAAGGAGACGCCUCGUGUUGCGCGGCUGCAGGUCCGGAAGCAUUGCACGGGAGAGAAUCGCAACGAGGACGCGCCGUCGAAAGGUCUCCUCCCGGCUUUUCCUCGUCUCAAUCCGCAGACGGUGCCUCUCGUGGCGCUUCCAACGGGAGGCCCCUGAACCAAAGCGGGCCCUUCGUGUCUGCGUCUUCAACCCAGUCUGUUUCUUCGCUUUCGUCUUUGCCUCUACCGUCUGCCCUCUCUUCUUCCUCUUCUCUCUCUUCUCUGUCUUCGUCUUUGCCUUCUCUCCCUCCGUUUGUGUUCCCUGUGUAUCCUCAUUUGCCGCCUGCGCACUUGCUUCAGCCGACGCGGUGCCAGUCGGGCCUUCUUCCUCUUAAUCUUCUCCACUCUGUCUCGGUCCCGUCAUCGACUCUCCGUCCGCCCACCACACAUCAACAGCAAACUCCCCUCCCCACGGUAUCAAGUCUGCCUCCUCUCUCUCCUACAGCUUCAAACUCUUCCUGUUCUGCAUCAUCUGCUGUCUCUUCUUCCUCUUCCUCUUCUUCCGCCUCGCCGUUGUUGCCGCCUGCUCCGCCCUCUGUGGCGCCUCCGUUAAACUGCGCCGCUGUCGCGUUUCCUCUUUUGUAUCCGCACCUAGCUGCUGCGCGUCGUCUUCCUGCGGCUGCUCGUCCCGUUCUCGACCCUUCGGUGCUCUCCGAGCUUCCAGCGCUUUCGAAGCACUUCCCUCUCGCCUCUCUCUCCACUCUGUCAAGAAACAAGCCGGGUGCGUCGGGCAGUGUGCUCGUGGGCAAUGUCCCUCCGGUCUCUGCCGCUUCUGGGGAAGGCACAGGCGGCUCCUCGCUUCACCCUGCGUCUCUCCCGCGAGAGCCCCUGCCUGCAGCCGCGCCUCCUCUCCCUCCUGUCUCUUCGCUCCCUCCUGUCUCUUCGCUCCCUUCUGUCUCUUCUCUCCCUUCUGUCUCUUCUGUCUCUGCUUCUCUUGCCCCACCGCUGGCUACGGCUGCGGCGGCUGCAUGGUAUGCGACGCGGUAUGGGCCUGGCGGGGGCGUGUGCGGAAAUGUAUGCGCGUACGAGAGAGACUACAAGGCCGUGCUGACGGCUUUGCGGAACUUGGAGACACACUGUGCAGAGAGGCGGAAAAGGGUCCGAGAAAGCUUUUUGCAGGACAAGAAGGAGGUGGUGAAAGACACGAGUCGCAUGACGCAGCCUUUCUCCGUCGUCAAAACAGUUAAAAUCGUCAAGAAGCGCAGGCGGCGCCUCCCAGCAGCCUCGUAUGGGGCGUCUCUUCUCUCGUCACAGGAGGGAUGCAGCGAGGCUCACUCGAGGUCUGCCGGCGGCGCAGGAGAGCAACCAGAAAUCAGCGAAACCUGCGGAGAAAAACAAGACAGCGGUCACGCCUCCACGGAGAGCGCGAGCGUGGCGACCUCUCUGAGGCACACAGGCCCCGUCAGGAGUCCCCCGAACGAAGAAGGAAGCAAAAACUGUGCGGAAGUCCGUGCGAAGCAGGAGCCUGGCGAGGAAGACAGCACCGGAAAGGAAGAGGAGAGAAAGAGAGAAAGCGACUUGCCGCGACGGGGCACUGUGUCUCCGCUAGAGGCCCAGUGCCAGGUCGGCGAGAGCGAGGGCGAGACGGGAGGGGCGAAGACAGAAUCGCCACGAGAAGAGCACCGCGCGGACACUGGCGGAGAUUUGUGUCAGGUGAACGGAGAGGCUGUCUCCGUUUUCACAUGCGUCGAGGGCGGUCAAGGCGCGGGAGAUGGCCGCGCGAAGAGACAGUUGGACAGGGGCGAAGAGGGAGUGUGGAAAAAGCCAAAGAGAGCAAAGGGACAGGCGACAGAGAGCGACGCCUUCGUAGUUGAAGAGGAAGUUACGGUCGUCAAACUCCACAGCAUCAAGGAAGUCGUGGCCCACCUCCUGCCGUACCACUCGUAUUUCAUCCCUGACAUUCAAGCUCUGGCGUCGCCUUUUAAAGAAGCACGAGAAGCAGUUGAAGAGCGUUUGGCACGAGCUACGGAGCUUCGCCACCGCAUUCGCGACUUUUCGGCCUGGAUGCGCAACCCGGUCGCCGCCUUGCCUCCGUCCCCAGAGGCGACAGACAAAGAGGGCGACGCGCGAGAAGGCGAGGACGGAGAGGUGGGCACAAACUCGCGGCGCUUCCAAGGAGGCAAGGAGACGGAACUCAUGUCGUACCUUUCUCUCCGGUCUGCGGUCGAUGCCCUCUCUCUCUCCAUUCGCGCGACCAAAGUGGCGAUUCAGAACGCGUCUUCUGCGCAGGCGUCGCGCCCUGCGGCCUUGGCGCAGCCGCCCGCUUCGACCUCGGCGCCGAGCGGGUCUCCUGCCCCGGGCGGGCCUUCUGCAGGUGGCGACGCGGGGCCAGGUGUCUCCGGAGCCGCGACCGCGUUGGGCGCGUCGCCCCGGCCAGCAGGCGUCAUGGCGCCUUCGUCUCCGCGGUCGUGCUUGACCUCGGCCGACGACGUGUCUGAAGACAGGUCGGACUUGGAUUCGUCGCGAACGCGGGGCCGCUCCUCGACUGUCUCCUCGUCUCUGGGGCCGGCGAGUCGCACGUCCUCGCUCGCGCGGUCUUCGCUGGUCCCUUUCCGACAGCUCGCGAGGGACCGAGGCGGCCGCGCGGGAGGCGCGCCAUCGCACGCUUUCCCGCCGGGCGCUGCCUUCGCGGGCCCCACGCAGGCCUCAGUGUCUCCGGUCGGCGCCGGGCCAAGAGACAGACCGGGCGGGCGAGUACGCCUCGCGGUCUCCGCGACCGCAGCUGCGGCGGUGGCCGACCGACAGCAGGCGCCCGCGUACGCGUCCGAGAGUCCCUUCGGCUGGGGCCGAGAAGGGAAGAAAGAGAAGGCGCGGAAGGAGCAUCGCGGCGCAGUGCAUGCAGAGACUGGGUCGCGAGGAGGCGGAAGAGACGAGAGCCCGCAGGGCUCUGGACUCUACGCGGACGCCUACGGCCGACAGGGGCCUUCCAUGUACACUUCCCAGGCCUUCCCUGGCCCUGCAGCAGGGACACUCGCGCCGGCUUACGUCCCGCCGGGCGAGCAGAGAGAGAUGCGGAACGCGCCUUUCCCACCCCCGCACACGAACGUGAAUCAAGGGUUCCCGGGCACUCCAUACCAGAGAGAAGGCGACAGGGACGGAGGCUUCGGCAGAGUGAGGCUCAACAUCGGCAACGCCGACUUAUUUGCAAGGAGGGGAUAA